CACAAAAUAGAGUGUACAAUGUCAUUCACUCGCCUCUCUAUUCAGACAAGAUGCAUUUCCAGCCAAUGGACAAGAGCAGAAAUUCCAAGACGUACAUUGGCAAACUACUCUACCCAAAUUAAGAAGACGGCCGGCCCAUUUACCCCGAAUAAACUCAUUACCGAGUCAGUUGGUGACACUUCUGCUAAUAUCAACAGAACUUUGGUGUAUAUUGGUCCCUUUACCGAGACAAUUCGCCGUUACAAGACCACUGCCUCACUGUUUGGUGUGUGUGGUAUUUGUGCCGUCCCUGCCUUGUUAAGUACAGGAGAGGCACCUAUCAUGAGUGUGGUAUUAGCUGGUGUUUCCGCCAUAACUCCCAUUGGGUUUGUUCACUGGUACACAAAAGACUAUGUGACUCGACUGAUAGUCCAUGAUGAUGUCAAGACAGUUGAGAAGCAACGCAAGAAGCCUCAGGAGAUUAAAGACAAAUGGGUUGGGCUCGAAAAGGUGGGUUUGAUGGGGUUUGUUCGAGAACAGACGGUCCGCCUAUCCGAUCUCACCGACAAGAGUACACCCAAGGCUGUGAUGUGGGAAGCUAAGGGAAAGAAGUUUGCCCUUGAGCGAGAUGUGAUGAAUACAGAUCCUUUCCUGAACGGGCUUGUGAAUUUUAUUAAGAAAAAGAGUGUAUAAUUUUUUUUAAUAUAUAUUGAAAGACAUAUUGGAUCAAAUAUUUUUAGCUGUCUAUUUUGAUCGCCAUUGUUCCAGUUUAAUAAAUACUAGAGCAGAUGAUUGGUCAAUGGAGCUCAUGUUGAGAAUCGGUCUCAACCGUUAUUACAAUUAUAUAU